AUGGCUGGCGACAACGACGGCAGAAAUAGCGACAUAGCUCUGUUUUUGUGUCGAGCUCGUGACGCAAUACCGAUCUAAUACGCGAUACUUGGACAGGAUGGACGAGUUACGAAAGCCUGGUGCUGUCUUGUCGAACCUUGCGGACCUCAGAUUGCCUAACGAAACGAAACGAACUCGAUCCUUCGCGAUCCUGUGUACAUACUGUAUGAUUGAAUCUUAGUUUCUAGUAGAUCCACUUUCGAUUCUGCUAAUGCCCAGUUUACCUGAACAAGGCUUAAUUUCAGCGAAUCUUGCGUUUAAACUGAAUUUAAACGCGUUUAUCUACGAGUCUUGUUGUAGAUUUAUUUAGAUAGGCGAUCGCUUUUAUUCCUCCCUUUUAGUUUAGUCGAUUCAAACACGCAGUACACGGUGAAGAUAAUUACCACAAACAAUAUAUUCUUAACAAUAUUGUGAACAUUUCUCAGCUCGCUUGACGCGAAUUUGCAAGAUUUGAAAAAUAGAAACGUCCAGCUAAAAAGCCUUUGGUGAAUACUGAUAUUUGUAGAAAAUCACGUCGUCAUUGUAUUUCAUGCGACAUUACAUUCAAAUGUCGCUGAAAAAGCAAAUCAUUUCAUAAAUUCCUCGGUUUGGUAAGUGAGCAUCUAGCCACAACAGAUUUUGAACGCUAUUGUUAUCGCGGAUAUGUUGAAGCGGUUGAAGUACAAAUUGCCACGCAAAAGCUGAAAACUUUGAAGUGGUGCUCAUUGCGCGUGCAAGGUGCCGACGAGCAGGCAAUCGAAGCUGAUCCAGCCAGCGUGGAACGAGAACGUAAUUCCAAACUCAAUUCGAACGAGCUUUAG